UUAAAUGAAAACGAGUCGCUAAAUUUGAUUUGUUCAACUGAUGUGCAUGUGGCUCAUGUGCAGUAGCGAAACUCUCCAUACAAUCUCUAAUUCCCCAAAUGUUGCUCCGCCUCUGUUACACAACCCGCCGCUACUGCCACCACCUCUUCCCCCACCACCACCGUCAUCACAAUCCCGCCCGCUUAUUUUCCUCUUCCACUUCCAGAAACCCCGACGAGCCCCCCAACAAUUUCAAGAAUUCCGACCAAGUCCCCCAUCCUCCGUCUGUUCUACACCGCCGCUUAAACCCUCUGUAUUCUGUCCCUGGCGCUUCCUCUCUCCCUCGCGCCGCCGCUAUCGCGCUCUCCGGCACUCUCGCCUCCGCCCUGAUCGCCUUGUUCGUCGUCGUUUCGACGGACUGCUACGACAAGUCGUUGAAUCCUGUACAUAACGGAGUACGACAUGCCGUCCUCAAAUCCACCAAGUCGUUCAGGAAGCUUCUCCACCACGCUAAACAGACCGGCGUCGGCGCCUCCGUUCUCUGGCACUCUCUCAGCUCCAUCUUGUCCUCUGCCAACCACGAGGUCCGCUCCGGCUUCGAGCUCCGGGUCGCUGCAUUCCUUGCCGAUAUUGCCGCCGCCAAUGCCAGCCGAAGGUCGCCCUUGUUGGGGCUGGAGGUGGCGCCGUUGUCGAUUGGCUGCUCGAGUCGGUGGCUGUCCCUAGGGAUGGGUGUGGGAGCCAGGCCGAGUCGGCUAGAGCUCUCGCCUUCUUGAUCUCCGAUCCUAAUGUGUCCGCCCCCGUGCUUGGCAGGCCCGGCGCCGUUCCCAAUCUCUUUAGGUUCAUUUUCUCCUGCCAGCCUCAUCCGUCUAAGAAGGUGAGCUUUCUCCAUUCUUCUCUUGAAUUUCGUUGAAUUUUUCGAAUUAGGAAAUGUUUGGACCCAGCAAUCCAGGAGUUUCUUAUGCCAAGUAUUUGGAGGGGCUUUCUGCACAUUCUGCUCCAUUGUUCCUCUGCCACUUCUACAAUAUCUACAUUUCGCAUAUAGCUGGUGGGCAGGUCAUUGCAAGACAGGUAUCUGAGAAGUUGCUGGAAGGAAGGGAGUUGGGGUUUUACACAUGGGAAGGGGACGUGCAGGAGUUGUUGAAAGGUGUUCGUGAGAAGCUCAACAAGCUCGGAGAGCAUUGGACUCGAGAUGACAAAAACAAAUGCUUAAAAGAAACAACAAAAUCAUUUCGGUAUUUGGGGCAGACAGUUCGUUUGAUCAUCCUAGAGCCCAAGUAAUCUGAAUCAAACUGCUCGGGAGAUCACUUAUCGUAGCAUUGGUCUAGGGUGGACUCAUUUUUGUGUAGAAGGUGAUUUUUCGACAGGCUUAACUCUACGAGCUGGAGAUGAACACCAUUGCAUCACUUAUCUAGAGAGAAGACGAGGACGUCUUGUAUACUUUUCUUCCGUAAGGCUGCGCUGAGCACAAGAAGCAGCUUCUGCGCAAGAAUCGUGGAUUUUCGUAGUCUUUCAGAUUUUGGAAGCCCUUGUAGUAGUAUCGUAGUCUUAGGAUGAUGUACAAGGGGAUUGAGAAAGCACCCAAACUGCAACUAGAUAGUUUUAAGGGAAGAAUAUGUUAACAAAUGCAAGAAUAUUGAUACUGAAUUAUUACUGAGUUAACUCAGAGAUGGCAAUUUUAAACCUCUUUUGAUUUGUA